AUGAGACAAAAUCCAAUGAAAUAUUGGAUAAAAGAGGCUGGAGAAGUUGCUGAAAAAAGUGGUGUUGACUCUAUUUUGCAAAACAAACGAAUUCCAAAACGUAAAAAAAAACAUUUCGAUGAGAUGUGUGAAGACGAAUUACAAACACUCCAACCUGUUCAGCUAUUUUCUAAAGAAAUAAUGAUGGUAUUUGAUCGAAUCAUAUCAGAAAUUAAAAAGAGUACUAAUAUUUUGAAAAUGUCAAUUGAAGAACUGCAAAAGUAUGGAGCAGAUCUGGCUCGAAAAUACGAGCGAGAUUUAAGCGCCGUUGAAUUCUGCCAGGAACUCUACGUUUUUAAAGAGCAAGCUCCGCUUUCAUUUGGUGAUAUAGAAAAGGCUAACGGUUUCUAUCUCUUGCAACAGAUCUAUGCGCAUGAUUUGCAGGAUGCUUUUCCUAAUAUUUGUAUUGCCCUGCGAAUUUACCCUACGCUUCCUACUACAUCCGCAAGCUGUGAGCGAAGUUUUAGCAAACUAAAACUAAUUAAAAAUUAUUUGCGAUCUUCUAUGAGCCAGGAACGCUUAUCGAGUCUUGCAAUCUUAGCUAUAGAAAAUCGAAUUGCACACGAGUUAAAUUAUGACAAGGCCAUAGAUUUAUUUGCUGAACAAAAAGCUCGAAGAGCUCAACACAGAAAGAACAGCGAUGGAUGCAUUAUUUCCGGAAAGCCUAUGUCCAAAUGUCAAUUAAUUAGUGGACAUCUGAUAGCUGAAAUCAUAAAGAUGAUAUAG